CCUUAAUCACGUCAUUUUUUAAUUCCGGUAUCCUUCCAGGAAAGGGAAUAGUAUUUUCAACACGAAAAAGUGAAACAGACAUUUUUAAUUUGUCUCCUUCCGGGAAAUGUAGUAGUAUUUUCUUCUUCUUCUUCUUUAUAAUUAAAUGCCCUCCAUUUUCAACUCAUAUAUAAUAAUUCUAUCUCAGUUUCUCUAAUUUGAAAGCAGAAUUUACAGCUCAAAGCUUCCCCCAACACUUGCAUCAUAUCCAGGGAAGAAAGUUAGAAACAGUAAAUAAUGUUUGAAACACUAAAGAAUGUGGCAGAAUCAGUCUCCUCAAAGGCAGUGGAGGUAGCAAAGAAUUUUGCCGAUAAAGUUGUAACCAUUGGGCUAAAUAAGUCGGCAGAUCAUGCUGUAGAAACCGGGCGAGCGUGCAUUGAUUUCGAUAACAAAUUACAAGAUCUGAAAACAAAUUCAAGAACAUUGAGCUACAGGGCAUCCGAUAUCGAGACACGAAUCAAAAACGAAGAGCAACAAGGGCGAAAGAAAAGAAAACGGGAAGUGGAAAAAUGGCUUCAGUUGGUGCAAGAAAAUCAAACGGGUAUUCUUGCGUUAGAGAGCGGAAUACAACGAGGAGAAAUCGUAAAGCGUAUUCGCAGCGUCGAAAAAUUGAACGCGAAAGUGGAAAUGCUCGUGGAGCAAAGUCGACACUUUGAUGGACUUGUAUUCGAUGCUUGUAAUGAAACUAGUGGGGAGCCAUUGGUGACAAGUGAGCUCUUCGGUGAGUCGGUUGAGAAAAUUUUCGGGAGGAUAUGGGAAUGCUUGGUGGUUGAAAAAGUCCCAAUUAUCGGGAUUUAUGGGAUUAGUGGAGUGGGCAAGACGAAUUUGGCUAAGCACAUACACAAUCAGAUACUUUUAGAACGAACUGAAGACUGCGUUUAUUGGGUCAAAGUUUCUCGAGAAUCGAGCAUAAAGAGUCUCCAAGAUGAUAUAGCCAUAGCCAUAGGGCUAACACUUACGGACAAGAAAGACGAAGACAAAAGAGCGGUUGAAUUGAAUCGAGCGCUAAUGCAAAAGAAAGGCGUCGUUGUACUCAUAUUGGAUGAUGUGAGGGAAGAUGUAGAUUUGGAGAGUGCGGGAGUUCCGCUUGUUCGAGCGAGUGGAUUUUGUCGAGUGAUAAUUACGAGUCGAUCUUCGAGAGUGUGUAAUAUAAUUGGUUGUCAAGAGAAGUUCGAAUUGACAGCGUUGGAAGAGGACGAGGCUUGGAAAUUGUUCGAAGAGAGAUUUGGACGAGAGGCGAUUAGUGCACUUGCUCCGCAAGUGCAGGAAAUUGCGAAGUGCGUGGUAAGAUACCACGGGGGUUCGCCACGUGGGAUUAUGGAGUUGGCUCGGAAAAUGAGGGGUGUUAUGGAGAUUCGAGAGUGGAGGAAUAAAUUGGCGGAAAUGGAGGAACUUCUUACAAGGGAAGGAGAUGAGAUGGAAAGUGAGAACUUUAGAUAAUCGGUUAGUGAUUAGUGUAAAUGACGCAGAUUAAAUUUAAUUGCGCAAAGUAAUAAUCAUUGUGGUUGUUGGGUUAUUUCUGUGCUACAUCCGGUGAAGACUACACCGGGUGAUUUUUUUAACGUUGAUCUACACACACCAAUGUGGGUGUGUGUAUUUGUGUGUAUAUGAAUGGUAGUAAAGAUCUUACCAUUCGA